GAAUGUUGACUCCAAACCCCCGCGUGGCCGUCAGACAAACCAAACAUGGGACUGCUGCUGCCGAUCGUCCUGGGCUUCCUCGCCGCCCUGCUCGGAGCGAUGUACCUUCUCGGGGUGUUUCGUCAGCGGCGACCCGGAGAACCCCCUUUGGAUAAGGGCCUCAUUCCCUGGCUGGGUCACGUCCUGGAGUUCAGAAGGAACACGCUGAAGUUCUUAGAGAGGAUGAAGCGAAAGCACGGCGAUGUGUUCACAAUUCAGCUGGGAGGCUUCUACAUCACGUUCCUUCAGGACCCCCUGUCGUUCGGGUCGCUUGUUAAGGAGAGCCGAGAGAAGCUGGACUUCAGGAAGUUCGCCGUGCAGCUGGUGCGCAAAGUCUUCGGCUACGCCGCCCUCGAGGACGAACAUACUAUCCUCCAGUUGUCCAGCAACAAGCACCUCAAGGGGGACGGCCUGGAACUGAUGACGCAAGCCAUGAUGGGGAACCUGCAGAACCUCAUGUUGCACAACAUCGGCUCUGCGACGGACCAAAGCAGCUGGAUCGAGGACGGGCUGUUCAAGUACAGUUACAAUAUUGUCUUCCGGGCCGGCUACUUGUCUCUGUAUGGCAACCAGCCACACGAGUCAGACGGGAGCGAGGAGAAAGCCAAGGAGAAAGACAGAGCUGAAUCAGAAGUCUUAUUCCACGAGUUCCGUAAAUAUGAUCAACUCUUCCCCAACCUGGCUUACGGGGUCCUGACGCCGGGGAAAAAGAUGGAAGCAGAGCGGCUGAUGAGAUUCUUCUGGGACAAGCUGUCUGUGCAGAGGAUGAAGGCCAAAGACAACAUCAGCGGCUGGGUUUGGGACAUCCAGCAGGCCAAAGAGGAGAUGGGAGUGGAGGGCUCGAUGAUAGACAGGUACAUGUUUGUGCUUCUCUGGGCCUCCCAGGGCAACACGGGGCCGUCGUCGUUCUGGCUGCUCCUCUUCCUCAUGAAACACCCGGAGGCCAUGAAAGCGGUGAAGGAAGAGGUCGACAAGGUUCUGAAGGAGUUCGGGCAGGAAGUCAAGCGCGGCGGCCCUAUAAUCGCCCUGACCCGCGAGAUGCUGACGAGAACCCCGGUCCUGGACAGCGCCGUGGAGGAGACCCUCCGCCUCACCGCCGCGCCCCUCCUCACCAGAGCCGUGCUGGAGGACAUGACGCUCAAGAUGGCCGACGGGAGGGAAUACUUCAUACGCAAGGGCGACAGGAUGGCCGUCUUUCCGUACGUCGCCGUUCACAUCGACCCGGAGAUCCACCCCGAGCCGCACUCUUUCAGAUACAACCGCUUUCUCAAUCCCGACGGGAGCAAGAAAACCGAUUUUUACAAAGCGGGGAAGAGGGUGAAGUACUACAACAUGCCCUGGGGCGCCGGGGUCUCCAUGUGCCCCGGCCGCUUCUUUGCCACCAACGAGCUGAAACAGUUUGUUUUCCUCAUGCUGGUUUAUUUUGAGUUUGAGCUGAAGGAUCCCGAGGUGAAGAUACCUGAAAUUGACUUCACCCGAUGGGGUUUCGGGUCGAUGCAACCCCAGACGGACGUUGAGUUCCGAUACAGGCUCCGAUAUUAAGCCAAGCGAUCGCUGUGAUUUGCCUUUUCUAGAAGCUUUAUUAGACGCAUGUGAUUCAACAGUAAAGUGUUCAUAUCAACGAUGUGAUGAACUCACUAUGGACGCGGUUUUAAAAUGCCUUUUUGCAAUAGCUAACUGAUUCCCUCCAAGUGUAAUAGAUACUGUAACACAAUACUGUUUUCUAUAAAUUGUAGUCUUAUUAUUAUUAUUAUUAUAAUUAUCUCUCGCUCUCCAUUCUGCUUGUAAAUCAGAGUACAGAUGCUAUCACAACUGAUACAAUUCAGAAAUCCUUGUAACAUAAAAAUGUGAUGACAGUGAAAGAAUGACUAUGAGGGGUGAAUCCAAAAUGUUGUAAAAUAGAGAGAUGCCGUUAUUUGUUAAUAUUGCCGUAUUUUCAGUAUUUCGGAUGACAUGACGUGUACGUUUAAGUGUCGCUGUUAUCGAUCUGCAGACGCAGGUGGUUGACCGUGACCUUCUACCCAAUAGAAGGUCACGGUCAGGUUUAAGGCCAAGCUUGUAAAUGUGUUGCUAAUGCUUCAUUGUUCUUAAUCACUUAUCAAUCUGUAAUAAAGUUUUAUUUGACCAAAAGAAA